AUGCAAAAUGAUGACGACGAUUGUUCUGACUGCACCAAAGUUGAAAGUGAUGUCGCCAGUAACAGAGCUUCCGACGACCACUUUUGUGGCGACGCUAAUAUUAGUGGCUACCGGAUGAGAAAUAUCGAGGGAGAUGUUGAUAGCAUGGAUGAUGAUGAUGGUGGUGGUGGCUCGAUUCAUGCAAAUGUUGAAAGGUGUGCUGACGAUGAAGUGAUUUGUUGUUGUCAAAUCGUUAAUUUUGAUGAAAAAAGUGUUGAAAUUAACUACAAAAACAUAAACGGCAACAACAAACCCAUCAACAACAUCAACAACAACCACAACAAUAAUAAUAAUAAUAAAAUCAACAACAACAUCAACAACAACCACAACAAUAAUAAUAAUAAUAAAAUCAACAACAACAACAUCAUCAUUAUCAACAAAAACAACGACACUGACUAUUAUAACACAAACGUUUUGAAUGAUGUGGUUAAGGACAAAAACAAAACUAAAAAUCUGAACCUUGGAAACAGCACUUCUUCGCCUAACGACAACAUGUUCAACAACAAAAUCGCCAGCUACUCUACAGCUGCAUCAAACGUGACAGCCACAACAACCGCGGCCGCCAAAAACGUUGACCACAAUAACAUUAACAGCAGUAACAGCAACUACAUCAACAUCGGCAACAAAAAAAUUACCUUCAACAAAAACAACAAUUUCAACAACAACAACUUCAACAACAGCAACACCCUAGCAACGUUAAUGUCAGCAGCAACAACAACUUCAACCACAACGACAGUAACGUCAGCAAGAAGCAGCGUCAACAGCGGCAAAAACGCCAUCAACAACUACAACAACUACUACAUCAACAACACCUUUGACAUCAAAUCCAACAACAACAUCAUCAACAACAACUACUACUACCACAACUACGAAUACAUGAGAGACAACUCAACGCUGAUGUUCUGCGCCAGAAUCAGUCCCUUCGUCUUCCUCCUCUGGAGAUUGUACAUGGCCUCUGACCUUGGCACCUCAUCUUUUCAUUACUUCACGGCCGUAUUUUGCGUUGUGCUUGCAGUGUACUGCAGAGUCAUCGGACUCGUUUAGGCCCUCACAUCUACAAAAAAUGUCCUUUGACUCUCAGAAAGUAUGCAGAUUUCAUUUAGCAAGACAUGGUGAUCUCAACUGUGUUUUCUCAUUUUCGUACCUCCUUGGCUCAACCAUAUGUUUAAAUGGAUGAGUGUUUCGGCUCGGAAGAUAUACAAAACAAAAUAUAAGUAACACCGAUAUAAACAUUUCUUUUUUGGAUUACACACAUUCACGCACACACACGCACCAUAAUACACACACACACCAACACAACCCACACACACACAAACAUACACAUUGAUGUACUUAUCUAUCAUCCAAAUAUAAAAUAUGAAUAUGUUUAUAAGCGUACACACAGAGUUACUACUGCAUGGAACUCUUUGAACAAUUUAGCCAGCCCCUUACAUAUAUAUAUAACAUGAAUAUACUGACUUUAAAAUAUGUUUUGACUCCACCGACCAGUAAAAAUUUCAAUGCGAUGAGUGAUUAUUACAAGUUCAUUCAUUCAAUAUUCUCAUUAUAAGCGAACGUUGAAUUGUUGUUCAUUUGUUAAUUAUGUGCAGUUAACAUUUAAACGCUGUAAACCAUAUAUGAGACAUAGCUGGAUGGAAUGUGUCACUUUGAUAAAAAUGACAAUUUUUUAAAACAUUUUUUACAAACCGUUUUAAUACGUAUUUAAUACGCGAGAAAUUUCAAAUUUGUAUAAUGCAUCAAGAUAUACAUUAAAGAUAUCUCCUAGAUAUUUCUAAUGUAUGUUAUUUUAUUCGCCACAAAGUGUAGGAUAUAUAUCUUAUUAUUAAUUUUAAUUAUCGCGAUUCCAGUUUAAUUUUUAUUCAUGUACUAAUUUUAGUUAAAUAUUUUCCUUUUAAUCGAUAAUCCAUUUUGAAUUUUAUUCUUUACUAUUGAUAUCUUACUUACGCACGUUUCAAGGCGUAUUCUUUUAAUUUUGUACGAAAAGUUGAGAAUCACACACACACACACACACACACACGCACACACACACGCUUCUUCAACUUAUUAAAUAUUUCAAUCAACAAACUUGUAUUAUUUUCAUAGAACAUUAUUUCGAAAUAAUCAUAAAACAUAAAAGAAAUCACGAAAAGUUCAUCCAGUGCAAUCAUCGUCUAUACAAAUAUAUGCGUAUGGUUUUAAUGUAUUUAACGAUUAAAUAUUUGCUGUACUAACCUGGACUCUCACAAACACUAAUAAAUACUUCAUUGAAUUAUAGAUUUUGCUAAAAUAAUUUAUUUUAAACGUUUAAAGUCUAUUUAGAACUUCUGGCGAAAAACGACCAAAUUAUUAAAAAAUUGUUCACCAAAA